GUCAUAGUCUCCUUAGGUGGUGUUGCCAUGGCAACCUCCACCACAUCCAUCUGGCCUUCCCAGCUCUAGCCUGGGAGGAUCUUUUUUACAGGCAGCAGCAUCUUACCCUGAGAGGGAGGAAGGGCGGGGAUGUGUACAUUCACGCUCCUCCGCAGAAAACUCCUUUCUAUAAUGAAUAGCCCAUUGCAAACGACCUCAUUUUGAAUGAACAUAAAGGAAUUAAUUCACUGUCUGCCUCCUGAGGUGUACAAGAAGGUUCAACCUCAACUCUGCCAAGUGCUUUCACAGACAUCAUCUCACUUAAUCUACAGUAACCCUGUGAACAAGUGUUUAUUCAAGGAGUAUUAUGUGCUGACCCUGUGCCGGACUCUGGGGAUGCAAAGCUCCGUCGGGGCCAUGUCCGAGCGAGAAGAGCGGCGGUUUGUGGAGAUCCCUCGGGAGUCGGUCCGGCUGAUGGCGGAGAGCACAGGCCUGGAGCUGAGCGAUGAGGUGGCAGCUCUUCUCGCAGAGGAUGUGUGUUACCGUCUCAGAGAGGCCACCCAGAAUAGCUCUCAAUUCAUGAAACAUACCAAACGGCGGAAGCUGACUGUCGAGGACUUCAACAGGGCCCUCCGCUGGAGCAGCGUGGAGGCCGUGUGUGGCUACGGAUCCCAGGAGGCGCUGCCCCUGCGCCCUGCCAGGGAGGGCGAGCUCUACUUCCCUGAGGACCGAGAGGUGAACCUGGUGGAGCUGGCCCUGGCCACCAACAUCCCUAAAGGCUGUGCCGAGACAGCUGUGAGAGUUCACGUGUCCUACCUAGAUGGCAAAGGGAACCUGGCGCCUCAAGGAUCAGUGCCCAGCGCCGUGUCUUCGCUGACCGAUGACCUUCUCAAGUACUACCAGCAAGUGACUCGAGCCGUGCUGGGGGACGAUCCGCAGCUGAUGAAGUUUCUACUUGGGGCUGGAGGACCCAGUGCAGUCUGGCCUCUUCCUUUUCAGAUCGCUCUCCAGGACCUGCAGACCAACUCCAAGAUCGCAGCACUCCUCCCCUACUUUGUUUACGUGGUCAGUGGGGUGAAAUCUGUAAGCCACGAUCUGGAGCAGCUGCACCGGCUCCUGCAAGUGGCUCGGAGCCUGGUUCGGAACCCACACCUCUGCCUGGGGCCCUAUGUCCGCUCCCUGGUAGGGAGUGUCCUCUACUGCGUGCUGGAGCCACUGGCUGCCUCCAUCAACCCUCUGAACGACCAUUGGACUCUUCGGGAUGGAGCUGCCCUCCUGCUCAGCCACAUCUUCUGGACACACGGGGACCUUGUGAGUGGCCUUUAUCAGCAGAUCCUGCUCUCCCUGCAGAAGGUGUUGGCAGAUCCUGUGCGGCCUCUCUGCUCUCACUACGGGGCUGUGGUGGGGCUGCAUGCCCUCGGCUGGAAGGCAGUAGAACGAGUACUGUACCCGCACCUGUCCACUUACUGGACAAAUCUGCAGGCUGUGCUAGAUGAUUACUCCGUAUCUAAUGCCCAAGUUAAAGCAGAUGGACACAAGGUCUACGGAGCCAUUCUGGUGGCCGUGGAGAGACUGCUGAAGAUGAAGGCCCAGGCGGCAGAGCCCAGCAAGGGGGGCCCAAGCGGCAGGGGGUGCCGGCGCUCGGACGACCUGCCCUGGGACAGCCUUCUCCUGCAGGAGUCUCCCUCCGGGGGCAGCGCGGAGCCAGGCUUUGGGUCUGUCGUCCCGCCGCCGCCAGGAGGCGCGGGGCCGGAGGAUCCUUCCCCGUCGGUGACCCUGGCGGACAUCUACCGGGAGCUGUACGCCUUCUUCGGUGACAGCUUGGCCACCCGCUUCGGCACGGGCCAGCCCGCGCCCACCACUCCGCGGCCGCCCGGGGACAAGAAGGAGCCGGCGGCCGCUCCGGACUCGGUGCGGAAGAUGCCGCAGCUGACGGCCAACGCCAUGGUCAGCCCGCAGGGCGACGAGAGUCCCCGGAGCGGCGGCCCCGCGUCGGCCUCCGCGCCCGCCGCCUCUGAGAGCAGGCCGCUGCCGCGCGUGCAUCGGGCGCGGGGGGCGCCCCGGCAGCAGGGCCCCGGCGCCGGCACCCGCGACGUCUUCCAGAAGAGCCGUUUCGCCCCGCGCGGCGCCCCCCACUUCCGCUUCAUUAUUGCCGGGCGGCAGGCCGGGAGGCGAUGCCGCGGGCGCCUCUUCCAGACCGCCUUCCCCGCGCCGUACGGGCCCAGCCCGGCCUCCCGCUACGUGCAGAAGCUGCCCAUGAUCGGCCGCACCGGCCGCCCGGCCCGCCGCUGGGCACUGUCGGACUACUCGCUGUACCUGCCGCUCUGAAGCGGCGCUGGCCCCCCAGCCCCGCCCGCCGGCCUCUGUAAAUAAAGCCCCUGUCGGAAGUGA